CUGGCGGACCACCUGGGAAACGUGUUUAUUUGGUUUUGUUGACUUAUCUUAUCUAAUCAUCAGAGAAAAGGAGAAGGCAAAAGGCAUUUAUUCUAUUCCGGGAACAUGCGGUGGUCUAGUCCAGUCCUUCCAUGAGAGAAUUCCAGUUCUUUAUCAACAUUAUUUCAUUUUAUAAGUUUACUGCUGGACGUUUAAACAUUGCUGUGAGUGCUGUGAAUGUGAGUUUAUGCUCGAAUCAAUUAUCUUCACGUUGUAUUUACUUCACAUUUGUUAAUCUACGAUCAGGGAAAGAACCGACGACGAUGAAAAUCACGAAGAAACAGCUAAAAAAUCCUAAAUUCCUGGAGAGUUUGAGACAACCGAUAAUACUCUUGACAGAUUUUAAACGCACUCCUCAAACGUCAAAUGAGCCAGACACGUCGAUAAAACAUCCGAUAGUUCUGCUUACGGAUUUCAACCUUGUUCCUCAGAACUUCUGUCGACCAGGUACGUCCAAGAGUACGGAUUCGAAACAUCUUGCUGGGAAUUUCACUCGACGAAAUACGCCCAAGAGUACGGAUUCGAGACGUCUUCCUCGGAAAUUCACUCGACGAGAUGAGUCCAAGAAUAUGAAACAACCGGUGAUUCUCCUGACUGAUUUGAAACAUCUUCCUCGAACGUUAGUUUUGCCAGAUUCGCCGAAUAUUAGUUUUAUAAAUGGUCUUGGUGAAGUAAGUCCACGUGAAUGUAUAGAAGAAGGUGAUAUUUCUCAGACUAGACAUGAUACCAUUCAGACGAUAAAUGAAGAAAAUAUUACCCAAACUGAAGAUCUUGGCAGUACGAGUACUCGUGAAUGUAUAGAAGAUGAUGAUAUUUCUCAGACUAGACAUGAUACCAUUCAGACGAUAAAUGAGGAAAAUAUAACCCAAACUGAAGAUCUUGGCAGUACGAGUACUCGUGAAAGUAUAGAAGUUGAGAAUACUUCUCAAACUAGUCAUAAUUCCGAUGAGAUAUUCGAUGGAGAAUCGAUGAACCGUACCGAAGAUAAUGAUGAAGCAAUUAUCGAUAAAAAUGAACGAAAUGAGAAGAACCAAUCAAAUCGUAGCGUAAAUGAGAUGACGAGUAAAUCGCUGAUUAGCCACGCCGAAGUUGAAUAUGAUGAAAAUCCUUCUUCACGAGACAGUUCUAAUCCAUCAUCAGAUAAAAUCCAAGUCAACAAUACCCUGAAAAAAGAAUUCGUUUGCGAUAAUUGCUCAAAAUCAUUCGGAUACAAACACCGCCUGCUACAGCAUCUUCGCAUUUGUAUGAAUAUGAAAUACCGGCUGACUAAAAAAUACUCCACUUACGUUUGCAAUCAUUGCUCUUGUACAUUUCAUAUGCGUACGAACUUUAUUAACCAUUUGAGAACACACAAACUCAGACCAGACUACGCGUGCUUGAAAUGCAAAGCUACAUUCAAGCGAAAAAGACACCUCAGUCGGCAUUUCAUAAUCCACGAUCCGGAUAAAUCGCAUCAUUGUUUAAUUUGUGGCGUUGGGUUCGACGAACAAGAUGCUUUCAAAAAUCACAUGUCAAUUCACCGUAAGGAAUAUCCCUUCGAGUGUGAUUUAUGCGGAGGUUUAUUUAAAAUCAAAGCCGCGCUCGCUUCUCAUAUAAAAAUGCAUUUCAAUAAGACACACGAAUGUGCAACUUGUAAAGCCAAGUUCCGAAAAGAAGAAAGUUUGAAAUCGCAUCAAAGGAUACAUUCGAACGAGAAAUCAUUUUCGUGUUCGGUUUGUAAACGUUCGUUUGCUGCAAGAAGAUUGUUGUUCUUGCAUAUGAAAGUGCACACUGAUCAAAAAUUCGUAUGCGAUAUUUGCAAAAUGGUCUUCAAAUUGAAAGAAUAUCUAGUUAGACAUAUGGCGAAUCAUUCUAAAAAUAGACCAUUCGCUUGCGCUCAUUGCGAUUUCUCGUGUACCACUAGAACAACUUUAAUUACUCAUUUUAAGGUUCACGAAGGAAAAACCAAGUACCACGAACUUCCGGUCUUAUACCAGUGUCAUUUAUGCAGCCAAGGUUUUCGACUGAAGCCUCAUUUGAUUCUGCAUGUGAAAUUUUCGCAUGGUCAACAGAUGGAUUUGAAGAAGCAGGAAAAACGAACCUUCUCGUGUGACAUAUGCUCGAAAACGUUUCAUAAUAGAAACGUUAUAAGGAAUCAUUUUUUGGUACAUAAAAAAGAGAAAACUUUCAAGUGUUCUAAAUGCGAAUACUCGAGCAAUUGGCAGAAAAAUUUUGACCGUCAUAUGAGAAUUCAUGAUAAAAUUUACGAUUAUCAGUGUGCCGGUUGUCAGGCUAAGUUUACACGAAGAGAUGCAUUAAUAGUACAUCUCCGAUCAAAAGUUUGCGAAACCUAGCUGAAUAAUGUUAUUUUUAUACAUAUGUAGCAUUCUUUGUCUGUUUCGUGACGAUUUCUUAUGCGCAUCCAUACCUACUUAUUUUUAAUCCAUAUUUUAUCUAUUUACUGCAAUACUUGUAUACUUGUUUAUAUACUUAGAGCCUUUAGGGGGCUGAUAGUAAGGCAAGCUGUUUUAUGUUUUUAAUCAGAUUAAUUUUUUGGGGUUUUUUUAAUGUUUGAUUCUUUUUUUUUUUUUUUUUUAAGGAGGGGUUGUUUUUGUUUUUUUAACAUUGGUUUUCACUUUUUUUGUUUUCUUUAUGAAUUGACGAUUUUGUCCAGAAUUUUUCUAUCGCACAACUCAUUUAGUUUAAACUUUUGUUGGAAGUCUUUAUAAAUAAAUGCCCUCUUCACCUAAUUAAUCUUGAUGUU